GAGGCUUAUAAUUGAGAAAGCCACUCAACGAAGCCAUAAAUGGCACUGCAUAUCGUGAAGCUUCCCUUUAUCACCCGUUGCUGCGACAGCAGUAACACCACUUUGUUCUUCUUAUACAAAUCUUACUCUCCUCUUCAUGGGAGAUUGUUCAAAUCUCAUAUCAAUAGUCCCUGUAGAACCUUUGCUGUUUCCAAGGCUGAAAAACUUCAAAUACCAAAAAAGAAAAAAAGGCUGGAUGAGUUGUGUCUUGAAAGGUUUCAGCAGUACAGUCGAACAUUCAUACAGUCGUGGAUUUUACAAGGAAAAGUUUAUGUUAAUGGAAAGGUGGUAAACAAAGCUGGAACACCUGUCUCCGACAAAGCUGUUGUAGAGAUCAUUGCCGAAAUUCCAAAAUACGUAUGUAGAGCAGGAUAUAAGUUAGAAGCUGCAAUUGAACAGCUUUUUGUUGAUGUUGCUGGCAAAAUAGCCCUUGAUUCUGGGUUGUCCACGGGAGGAUUCACCGAUUGCCUGCUUCAGUAUGGUGCUUCUUAUGUUUAUGGAGUUGAUGUUGGUUACGGACAGGUAGCAGAUAAGAUUCGUCGAGAUGAACGUGUCUGUGUGAUAGAACGAACAAAUUUAAGAUACCUUUCGGGUCUCCCGCAAAAAGUUGAUCUGGUGACUCUGGACCUCUCAUUUAUUUCUAUUCUUCUGGUCAUGCCUGCUCUGGUGAAUGCGAUGAAGGAAGAGGCAACUUUAAUUACCCUGGUUAAGCCUCAGUUCGAAGCUCGUAGAUCACAAGUAGGAAGUGGUGGGAUAGUAAGAGAUCCCAAAGUUCAUGAGGAGGUUCUUGAAAAGAUCAUAAAAGGUGUAGAGAACUUUGGAUUUCAAAGCAAAGGUUGGAUUGAAUCUCCUCUAAAGGGUGCUGAAGGUAAUACUGAAUUUCUCGUUUGCUUCAGUCGAAUUUCCGAUAAAACUUCGGAAUAGUUUUAUCAUAUGGAAGGAUACAUCGAUAUGUGAGUUUGAUGUAUCCAUGUGACAUUGUAUUUAUAAAGAAGAAACAAACCGAGAAAAAUU